AUGGGUGUCGCCAAGAGACCAAACUUCCUCGUUAUAGUAGCUGAUGACCUCGGUUUCAGUGACACUAAACCGUACGGCUCCGAGAUUGACACCCCCGUCCUUGAUCGGCUGUCCAAAGAUGGCAUACGCUUGACCAAUUUCCACACGGCGCAGGCGUGCUCGCCUACGCGGUCGAUGCUCCUCUCCGGUACCGACAACCACAUUGCCGGCCUUGGCCAGAUGGCGGAGAAUGCGUCGAUACAGAAAAAGCUCACUGGCAAAGACCCUGCGUAUGUCGGCCAGCCAGGCUACGAAGGGUACCUCAACUGGAGGGUGGCUGCGCUGCCCGAGAUCCUCUCAGACGCUGGCUACCUGACUGUCAUGUCUGGGAAAUGGCACUUGGGUAUGACACCGGAUGUUUCGCCGAGCGCAAGGGGCUUUAAGAAAAGUUUUGGCUUCUUGCCUGGUUGCGGCAAUCACUUCAACUACGAGCCGCAGUUUGACGCAGCUGAGGAUACCAUGCUGUUGACGUCUGACGGUUUCUGGAUGGAGAAUGAAAAACCGGUCGACAGAAAAAAGGAUCUGCCAAAGGACUUUUACUCGAGCAAUUUCUUCACGGACAAACUCAUCGAUAUUCUCGCCAACAGAACCGAGGCUGAGAAAGAACAGCCCUUCUUCUCGUAUCUCGCCUACACGGCGCCACACUGGCCGAUGCAGGCACCAGAGGAAGUGAUUGAGAAAUACCGCGGCAAGUACGAUAAUGGGCCCGAUAAGCUCAGGCUCGAUCGCUUGGAACAGCUGAAAGCAUUGGGUCUUGUGCCGUCUGACAUUGAGGCCGCUCCGCCUGUUGGAUUCGAAGCAGGCGUGAAAUGGGAGGACCUCACAGAUGAUGAGCGGGCCAUUUCCGCGCGGAAAAUGGAAGUCUACGCUGCCAUGGUUGACCUGCUCGACCAGAACAUUGGCAGGGUGGUUGAUGCACUCGAAGCGUCUGGCGAGCUGGACAACACUUUUAUCCUGUUCAUGUCGGAUAAUGGCGCCGAGGGGUCGACACUAGAGGCAGCACCGCUGUUGUCGUCGUUCAAGACACUUGGCGAGCUGAUUGCAGCGCACUACGACAACAGCCUCGAGAACAUCGGUAAGCAUGAUUCGUACGUCUGGUACGGCUCAAGAUGGGCAUGCGCUGCCACCGCGCCGUCUCGCGAGUUCAAAGGGUGGUCAACCGAGGGCGGUAUCCGCUGUCCGUGCCUUGUCCGAUUUCCGCCGCUCGGAACGUCUUCCGACGCAAUCUCGCACUCGUUUACGACUGUCAUGGACAUUCUCCCUACCAUUCUGCAGCUGGCGCAGGUGCAGCACCCAGGAACAUCGUUCCGGGGUCGCAAUGUGGUAGUGCCGCGGGGCAAGUCCUGGGUCGACCACCUGGCAUCGCCCUCUGAGCAUCCGACCGUGCACGAGGACGAAAAUCACAUCCACGGCUGGGAGCUUUUUGGCAACCGCGCGAUUCGCAAGGGAAACUGGAAGGCGGUGCUGCUGGCAAGGCAGGGCGGCGAUGGCUGGGAACUGUACAACGUGGAAGAGGAUCCGGCUGAGCUCCACGAUCUAGCAAAGUCGCGUCCUGAGGUUUUGGAGGAGAUGCUUGUGCACUGGGCCACGUAUGUUGCUGAGACGGGGUUAGUGGAAGAUGCGUUCUGA